AUGACCUCCUUCUCUUUAUUCCAUGAGCCCACCUUCAAUGAGAAGUUAAGGCUCGCAGGGCCGUCCCUAUACCUCAAUGCGUUGUUGGCGUCAAUGUGCUCCUUCUCGGCACGCUUUGAGGAUCAAGCGAUGGAUCAAACCCCCCACAAUCCGAUCAAUGAAUCUCCCAGCGAAGUACCUUGUCCAGACCACUUUCAUCAACUCGCCCUGCGCUUUGAGGAGGAGUCCUUGACCCAGUGUGCCGAUGAAACCCCACCACUCGAGUUCUUGCAGUCCAUCAUUUUGACCACGUUCUUUCAGUUGACCAAGGGUGCCCAUGGGCGUGCCUGGCGAUGGCUGGGGACUUGCAUUAGGGUCGCGUACGAGCUGAAGAUCCACUGCGUUGACGCCAACAAGCCCGAUAAAUAUGUCCCGUCGACUCCCGAUGAAAUUGCGGCCUGGAGUGACGAAGAAGAACGCAGGCGGGCCUGGUGGGCCAUAUGGGAGAUGGACACAUUUGCGAGCACCCUCCGGGGUGUCCCGACCGGGCUCAACUGGUCACAGAGCAGAACGUACCUCCCGGUGGAGGAUCGGUUGUGGUUCCAACAAAAGUUCCAUCCCAGCUGUCUCUUGGCCUCCAAACCAGGGGACCGGUGGAAAGUCUUACAGCAAAGUCGAAACGAAAGUUCGACAGCAUGGCUGAUUGUGGUGACUUCGCUCAUGCGCACCGCGCAGACCAUCUCUAAUCUCGAAGCAUUCCUCGAUGGAACACCAUACACCAACCUAGCGGCAUCAUCGGGCACAUGCACUACUGCCAACGGAGAAGGCACCUCCAAUGGCGUGGAAGACGAACUGAAUAUCAUCUCACAUGCGCUACAGUGCACCCUCCUCACCUUGCCCGACUCGUUACAAUAUCGCGACGAACUUCUAACCUUUGCUGCCGUCGAGCGCAGUCAAGGGCCCGUUCACCGGAAGCUGCACCACACCAAAUACAGCAUCUAUGUCCUGGCACAGCUCACCAGGUUUAUGAUAUGCCACUACUACACGUUUAACAAGAGCGACCAACCAUCCACUCCAUCGAAGCCACCGGUGGACCUGGACUCGUUUGAAGCCAGUCGCCAUCCUGGAGCCGGUUUGGUAUGUACCACGCGCCGGCCCAAUGCCGAUGGUCUCAAGCGCUACGUCGAGGCUUCUGACAACAUUGUCCUGCUUUUGAACCGAUGCAGCUCUACGCAUGUUCGUUACGUCAAUCCUUUCCUUGCAACUUCCAUCUGGCUCGCUGCAGCGGUGCAGCUGGUCAACAAGAAGUUCGGGCCGUCCGACUCGAAUCGGGAACUGGCCGAGGGCAAAUUCAAUGUCUUGCGCCUGACGUACAAACAGUUUGUCAGGUUUUGGAACACCCCCGUCGGGCUGUUGCAGGUCCUGGAUUCUUUGGAAGAUCGUUUGGACGACUUGCUGCACCCGGAGAGACGUGCUGAGGCUGAUGGUCGAAGGGCGUCGACCCUUCAACCACGGCCCCAAGGGCAGUCGCGUCGAAUCCACGAGACUUCGGCCGUCUCGGGCGAAUCAACGGGACAUCGACCUCCACCUUCUUCAUACAUGAGCAAUCAGACAGAACCGAAUCUGACCGGAUCGGGAGUGAACCCGAUGAUGGGCUCUUCGGUUGUGGACGGAGAGCAUGCCGGUCUCCCCAACGGCAUGGAACACCCCGUGCUGGAUGUGCAUUCCGGCUCGACGGCUGAAAUCAGCGCCAUGUCCCACAGUGGACAUGUGCCCAGUUCGGCGCAUUUCGACGCCGCCGCGCCAACGAAUCAGCCCAUGGAACCCAUGGGGUUCGCCAUGAGUUUUGACUAUGAUGCGGACGCAGAUAUCUCUCUCUACCUUAAUGGCCUACUUUCGGGGUCUUAUGGCAACAGCGUGGGGCCACUGGGGUAA